GCCCAACAGGGGCUAUGGGAACGGGUGGGCGCAGCGGGAGGCGGUCUGGCAAGGGCGCCCUGGGCGCCGAGGGGGCGGCGUCGGCCCCCUGCCUGUACCGCUGCAUUGAGUGCAACCGGGAGGCCCAGGAGCUGUAUCGGGACUACAGCCACGGCGUGUUCAAGAUAACCAUCUGCAAAUCCUGCCAAAAACCUGUAGACAAAUACAUCGAAUAUGAUCCUGUAAUCAUCUUGAUUAAUGCCAUUUUGUGCAAAGCCCAAGCCUACCGGCAUAUUCUUUUCAACACUAACAUAAAUAUCCAUGGAAAACUCUGCAUGUUUUGUUUGCUUUGUGAAGCAUACCUGAGGUGGUGGCAGCUGCAAGAUUCAAGCCAGAACACAGCACCAGAUGACCUGAUUCGCUAUGCCAAAGAGUGGGAUUUCUAUAGGAUGUUUGUGAUUGCUUCUUUCGAACAAGCCGCCUUUUUACUUGGCAUUUUCACUUUCCUAUGGGUAGAGCAACCGAUGACAGCAAGAAAAAAGCCCAGCUUCCUCCUGCUGCUGAAAGCUUUGCUGUUGUCGAGCUAUGGGAAACUCCUGCUGAUCCCAGCUGUCAUCUGGGAGCAUGACUACACGCCUCUGUGCCUCAGGCUCAUUAAAGUGUUUGUCCUCACGUCAAAUGUCCAGGCAAUCCGAGUAACUCUGAACACCAACCGCAAGCUCUCCCUGCUGGCAGUGCUCAGCGGCUUGCUGCUGGAGAGUACCAUGGUCUACCUCUUCCAGAGGAUGGAGUGGGAUGUGAGCAGUGACUGUGCCAUCUACAAGUCUCAGAACUUUUGAAGGGCCAGCCUUGGAAGCAUUUCCCCUGUACUGACUGGUCAGCAGAGUGGACCCUUCUGAUUCAUUCUCUACUGUCCACAGCUUUAUUCUUUACUCACUGAGAUAAGACCAGCUGCAUCAAAAGAGGACAUGAUGGAAGCCAGGUUCUUCAGUUCUAAUGAGUGAAGUGAUGCUUAGACUGGGAACAUUUCUGAAGAAAGAGGCCCUGCCUUCCCACACCCAGCAAUCCCAGGAAGCUCUGAAUCACUGACACACGUGUGUUUGCACACACAUAUGUGCACAGGCUUGGGGGUGGCUGCAGGCUUUGGGUGUGUUCCACAGGAAGAUCUGUGCAUAAUCCCAGGACAGGGUAGACACUGUAGUUCAUGAGGAAUGAAAGAUCCAGGUUUGGAGGCUGAAGAGAUGGCUCAGGGUUAAAGGCACUUUCUGACCUGGUUUGAUUCCUCGUAUCCACAUAAAGCCAGAUGCACAAAGUGAUAUAUGCAUCCAGAGUUCAUUUGCAGCAGCAGGAGGCCCUAGUUUGUUAUGUCUGAAGUAAAUAUUAAAGAAACAAGGUUUGAUCCCUUUGGUGUAUUUGUAUCUUUUAUAUUUAAAUAUUAUAUUAUCAUCUUAAAUAAUAUUCUGGGUUCUUCCAGCAAUAGAAACAAAAAAGCCUUUCAGAAUAAACCAAGUUUUUGUAAAUUUU